AUGCCCUUCCACCUCGGCCUCGCAUCCCAGCCCGUCUCUGCUUUAGCCGGCACAGGCACAUUGCCAGACAAGCUUACGCCGGAUCUUCUGUCAUCUGUUCCGCUGUUUCUCUUCUCCUCUUUGCAAAACUUUGUCAUCCAUCAUUCUCUGCCCUCUCCAACAUCAGGCUCACCGGAGAGUGCGCCCAUGGAUUCCACCCAAGUCAGACCCAAUAUCAGCAACCCGGGGCUUGCACUGUCAGCGCGUCAAGAGGAGCUUAUUUUUGCAGCUCUGAAUUCCAGUAACAACUCCAACCCAGAAACUUCACCCUCUAAACCAAAAACAAUGGUCCCUGGCUCUUUCACCGAGUCUCCUGUGCAGACCUCGAUUCCGGGUGCCUUGAAUGGCUUUGAGGAGAGCCCUUUCAUCGAUUACGAUUACGAAUUCGAGGGCGACGCAAGCUUUGAUUACAGUGAAUUCAACAACGGCUCUAAAGGCCAAAUGUUCGGCAACUUGCCCGGAAGCUCUUCGGACGGAGGCGAGAAUGAUACCCAUGAUAAGCGAAGCCAUCCUGAAGACGAGGGCGCCGAGGAGGACGGUGGCGGUAAGAGAAGAGAGGGCGAUGAGAAGACCUCUAAGAAGCCGGGAAGAAAGCCACUGACAUCCGAACCCACUUCGAAGCGCAAAGCUCAGAAUCGUGCCGCUCAACGGGCCUUCCGAGAACGUAAGGAAAAGCAUCUGAAGGACCUUGAGACCAAGGUUGAGGACUUAGAGAAGGCAUCCGAGUCGGCCAACCACGAAAACAGCAUCCUGCGUGCUCAAAUAGAGAAAAUGUCGAUGGAGUUAAGAGAAUAUCGCAGGAGGUCAUCCUUGAAUGGAGCUCCCCAACGUGCUCCGUCUCUAGGCAAUGGAUUGCCACCAUACCUCGCCAAGGGCUUUGCAAACGGAGGACUUAACAAUCCCAGUGAUGUAAACUUCGAAUUUGAGUUCCCUAGGUUUGGCCGCCUCCCUGGACCUCCGGCAAUCAGUAAUGUCAACGGCACGCGGAUUUCUGAGCCACCUCCCGUUACUGGCAACCAAACUGCGCAUCCGCAUGAAAAGGAUCAAGUCAGCCCUCGUAACCAAUCUUUGCAAUACCCAGCAAGCAACGGCCCAAGUGCUGGGUUGACACAGACACCUGCCCAGCUAGAUGGGGGGGAUAUGUCAAGUCUCUCUGGCCUUUUCAGCCCCACGCUACUCGAAAGCGUUACAAAUACCUCAUCUUUCGAGUACUUGACGAAUAACAACAAUGGCUCAAAUGGAUCGAGGUCAAGUGCAGAUUCUGCCAGUGGCAAUUUGAGUACUGGUCAUAAUACAUCAUACAGCUCUCCUUCUGUGUCGUCCAACUCAAACCACGAACCGAGUUCAUCUUGCGGAACUUCUCCAGAGCCUACUCUGCAAUCCCCGGUCUGCAACAAGCCUCAUGAUAGCUCACUUACAACCAUUGGAGAGGAAAAUACAGUCAGUGGCGAAGGCAUGCCUACCUUCUGCGAUCAGCUGAACAUGGCGUGUGGCGACUCCCAAAAUCCCAUUCCGCGCCUACUCUCUGAACCUUUUGCAGGCUCAGAGACUUUCAAUCCUCCAGCAUUCGAUGUUAACGGAAUUGACUGGUUUGCCCAACAGAACAAUAAUCAAUUCGAUCCUCAACUGUUUGGUGAUUACCGAGAGUCGCAAGACAACAUUCUCCAAAAUGAAGCUUUCGGAGAUAGUUUCUUCACUGACUCUUUCGCCCUCGGAGACUUCGCUAAUCCAUUUAACAUGGCACCAAGUCCCGCCCCACCUAAGAAGGGCUUGGUUGAUCAAAUUGAUAUGGCGCAGAAUAAGGAGGAGGCUGAGGAGGUUGUUCCGGGAGAAGAUCGGGCACAGAUGCUCAACUGCAAUACAAUUUGGGAUCGUCUGCAAGCGUGUCCCAAGGUCAAGGAAGGCGACUUCGACUUGGAUUCCCUCUGCAAGGACCUUCAAAAGAAAGCCAAGUGUUCUGAGACUGGCGCGGUGGUCAACGAAUCGGAUUUCAACAAAAUCAUGAAGUCCUACGUGGAGCAGCCGAAGACGACGACGCAGGCUUAA